GUUUUCAAUCCCUUAUUUCAUACUGGUUAUGUUAAAAAUCAAAUUUAUUGGAUAAAAAUUUCUCUUAUAGACGUGUAUUCAAUCUGUUUUUGUAUAUUCUUCCCAACCCACGCCUAUAAAUCUAUCAAAGGAAUAAAACAACUGGUGUAUUGAUCCCUAAAAUCUAGGGAAGGGCUGUUUUUAGUAUCAGUCAAGCCCAUUUUCUUCUCUACACGCCGAGAGAGCAUUAUUUUCUUUCAUUAAUUUGAAAACUUCUGUAUGAUAACACAGAGGAAGCCUGGAAUGUAUAUAAGUAAUGGCUGUUUUGGGUCUUGUUAAUUGACCUUCAUAUUUUUUGUUGUGAUGUUUAUCCAAUGUGUGGAAUCCUUUUACCCAUAUUUUUUAAUGCCUGUUUGGAAUCAUAUUCCCAGUAUUGGAAUCAAAAUUCUGUUAAUGUUGGCGUAGAGAGUCAUGUCCAUAUUUUAAUCAGUUAUGUGUCCAAAUGCGGUCCCCAUUAAGCCUAGAGAUAAACCAAUGUAACGUGUGAAUUGGGUCAAUUUCAGUUUAUCCUCAUCACUGUUCUGCUACUUGCCACUGGGACUGUUAUAUAUAAACUUCAAUCACUUCAGAAGAAACCCACAAAACACAAAGGGUUAUAAAGAACAGGUUUGUGUGAAAAUUCAUCCAAUUGGGUUGUAGCUUGUGAUUUCCUAACAUACAAUGGAGAAUGGUGACAUGGAGAAUCAGAGCAAUUCAAGUGAAGUCCUGAGAGUAGGAGUGGAGACAGAGACAAAAAGUGUGAAAUCUUGUGUUGAACUCCAUGGAGCUCUCCACAUGUAUUCAGGCAAUGGGGAUGCAAGUUAUGCAGAGAACUCUACAAGACAGAGGUAUGUUUUCCAUGUACUGCAGCCUCUGUUUAAGGCAGCUAUGGAGAAGCUCAUAAUCCCCAAGGAGGGUCCAAUCAGAAUUGCAGAUCUUGGGUGUGCAACUGGUCUCAAUACUAUACUAGAUGUGGGUUUUGUUAUGAGAACAUUGACAAAUCUGUGCAUUGGAUCAGAAGUAACAGUGCCACAGUUCCAAGUUUUCCAUUCUGAUUUGCCAUCCAAUGACUUUAAUGGGCUGUUCAAUCUGUUGGUGAAGACUACUUGUCCAUAUUUUGUAGCUGGGGUGCCUGGGUCUUUCUACAAUGUCCUCUUUCCCAACUCAAGCAUUCAUGUCUGCUUCUCUAUAAUGGCCCUCCAUUGGAUUUCAGAGGUUCCUGAGGCUGUUGUGGAUAAGGAUUCACCCUUCUACAACAGAGGAAAUGUGUGGAUCAACAGAGGCAGGCAGGACACUGCAGAUAUAUACUCAAAGCAAUCUCAGGAAGAUCUCACAACUUUCAUGAAGUCCAGAGCAAUGGAGAUAGCACCAGGAGGCAUACUGUUUGUUUGUUUGAUGGGGAGACCAGAUAGUUCACCCCCAACACAACAAGUUUCAGUAGAAGGUGAAUUCUGUGGUCAGGACUUUGAAGAUGCAUGGGAUGAUCUUGUCACACAGGGGUUUGUCAGCUUGGAUUUGAGAGACUCAUUUAAUCUUCCAUGGUACUUCCCAAAUUCAUCUGAGGUGAGAAAGGCAGUUGAAGAGUGUGGUGCUUUUGAGAUAGAGACCAUGGAGGUAUGUCAAGGGGUACCAAGCAUGUCUGAGGAGGAAUUUGAGCAUUGGGUGAAGAACCCAAAUAUGUUUGCAAAGAUGAAGGCAAAUCUGGUUAAAAGUUUUGUGGGCAGUCUAGUUGAGGCCCACAUUGGCAUUGAAUGUUCAGAGAUGCUUUUCCAGAGGUUUGAGCAGAGAGCUGCAGCCCUUCUCCAUUCCUCUCCUCCUUCAAGAUUUGUCACCUGCACUGUUGCCUCCCUUAUCAGAAAGUAGGCUAUCACUUGAAUAACUGUAAUGAUCUUUCUGCAAGUGAAUAUUCUUCAUUCUGGCAAAAAUUCACCUUAUGUGAUUCUUGGCAGUGGAUUUCUGUAAUAGACUUUGUGAUCUCACAGCAUUUGAAUA